GACCGGCCGGCAGAUACGAUCGACGAACCGUCACGUCACGACGCGUUCUUCCCCCACUUUUGCCAGAUUUCUCGUCUCGCGGCUUCGCGUCAUCGGGUCAUCUCGUUCUCGGUCAUUCGCAGCUAGUCGGCACCGCAUGGUUGUGUGUUCUAUCUCUGCCUUGUUACAAAUUAUUUGCAAAUUAAUUAUGGCAGAAAACAAGGAGCGCACCUUCAUUAUGGUCAAGCCAGACGGCGUACAACGCGGUCUGGUUGGCAAAAUUAUCCAGCGGUUUGAGGACAAAGGCUUUAAACUGGUGGCUAUGAAAAUGCUGUGGCCAACCGAGGAGCUUUUAAAGAAACAUUACGCCGAUCUAGCAUCGAGACCCUUUUUCCCAGGUUUGAUCUCAUACAUGAGUUCGGGACCAGUUGUGCCAAUGGUUUGGGAAGGUUUGAAUGUUGUAAAGACUGGUCGCGUGAUGCUGGGUGAGACAAAUCCAAAAGACUCCGCACCUGGCACAAUCCGCGGCGAUUUUUGCAUACAAGUUGGUCGGAAUAUUAUCCAUGGUUCCGACGCUGUGGAAUCAGCCAAAAAGGAGAUCAGUCUAUGGUUUGGCGAGAAGGAAGUGAUCGACUGGACGCGCGCAUCCGAGAAGUGGAUCUAUGAAUAAAGAUUUCUGAUGAAAUAUUUUUCCAGAAGAUACCAUCUUUCUAUAAAGCCUUUAGAUAAUUUUUCCAAACCUAUACUACUGCCAGCCAAAUUAUAUCUAAAUAAUUCCAAUUAUUCAUGGACCGAGAAUAAAAUAAUGAAGAAAAAUGAUUUUUGUUUGUAUAAAAUAAAUAAAAUUGUGAAACUAUCAAGAAUUUUUUGGAAUAACUAUAAAAAUAGAGUUAAAGUA